GCUCACGGCGGCCAAAGCGGGCCGGUCAUAACUCCUUAUCGAAGAAAAUAGUCGCGCACUUCUCCUUGGAGAGGAACGUCUGCCUCCACGCCACGGCGGAGCUAGAAAGGUGACCGUCGCACCUCGCAGUGCGACGAUUUCUGUAGUGCCGAUCGACUCCUCGCACACAUUCGCGGGUCAGCGUUCGCUCGAUCGAGCAUAACCGAGGCCGAUAGACUUAGAAAGUAUACAAAAGCUGCGGCCGAAGAAGCGAUCCGAGGUCGGAUGGUCGAAAGGUCCUCGAGCAGUCGAUGAACAGCUGUCGCCAGAACUGGAGAAGAUAUGUAGGCGAUCCGUUCCGUGGGAACAAACUCGGGGUGCGAGAACCGUCCUGAUCGGAAGGCUCGCGUCGAGGCGUGACGUCAGCGCGCGCUGAGGACCUAGUCGUGCGGGCAGCGUGCACUCCAGCAUGCUGGACGUUUCGGACGUGGUGGGCCAGCUGGGCUGGUACCAGCUGGCCGUGGGCGCAAUCACCGUGUUACGGGCCUUCCCAACGUCGUGGACGCUGCUCAUCGCUCCUUUCAUCGUGCCCGAUGUGGAUCACUGGUGCGCCAAGCCCACCUGGCUGGCCGCCAACUGGACGGACGAGCAGUGGAAGCAGAUCGCCAUACCCACGAAAGGUGUGGCAAUGGGCGCAAACACCAGUGCUGAGUCUGUUCUACGAGCGGGGAAGUUUGAGAACUGCCGUUAUCGAGCUGUCUUCGAGAAUGGCACUGUAGACCCUGAGACACUGCUGGCAUGCGACGCGUGGACCUACAACGAGACGGUACCGGGAUCGUCCGCAGUACCCGAGUGGGACCUUGUUUGCUCCCACGACUGGCAGCGAUCUUUGAUGCAAAGCGUCGUGUUCGCUGGAUCCUUGGUAGGGGCUCUUCUCCUGGGCCGUCUCUCAGACAGGUAUGGUCGGCGCCUCGUCUUCUUCGCUUCCAACUUCGGUUUCAUUCUGUUUGCGUCCGUGUCCUCGGCGUCCCCUUCGGCGAUCUGCUACAACAGCAUACGCUUCAUCACCGCAUUCUGUGUCGCCGGCAUGCAGACGACCGCUGCAUCGCUAUUCACGGAAAUUGUUGAGCCGCGUCACCGCAACCUGCUCAAUGUGGGCUUCUCGCUGGGAUUCACUCUGCCGACGCUGCUUCUACCUGGAGUCGCGUACCUCGUGGGCAGCUGGAAGUAUCUCCAACUCAUCGCAGGUCUCAGCGGCUUCGUGCUCAUCCCCUUCAUCUUCAUUGUGCAGGAGUCUCCGCGCUGGCUAGUGUCCACCCACCGCGAGAAGCAGGCUCGCGAGGCCAUCGUGAAGAUACUGCGCAUCAACGGGCGUCCGGUGCCCGACAUGGAGUCCACCAUGCGAGAGCUGGUGGAGAAAUCCAAGGCCGACGCCCAACUCGCUUCCACGAGUCCCGUCGAGAUUUUCAGGCACAAACGGCUGCUGCGCAACACCCUCUGCCUCUUCAUCCUGUGGUUCUGCGACAACCUGCUGCUGUUCGCCACGACGCUGUCGUCGGUUGACCUCGGUGGCAGCCGGUUCGUCAACUUUGCCCUAUCGGCGGCAGGCGAGAUUCCCGGAGGCCUGGUGAGCCUGCCCAUAGUGCGCUACUGUCGCCGCAGGAGGUCGCAGGCGGCGAUGAUGCUCCUGGCCGGUCUUGCCGCCAUACUCAUUUCUCUGCUGCCACUCGAAAACCUGUGGCUACGCCUAGGCCUAAACAUGACGUCUCGCUUUCUCCUCGUCAUUUCGGGUGCAAUCAAGUGGGUCUUCACCAUGGAAUUGUUCCCCACGGCUACGAGAAGCUUCGGCUUCGCAGCCUGUUUCACUAUGGGACGCAUUGGAGGAAUCGUGGCUCCCUUUAUGAGAGACCUGGGAAUCCAUGUGCACGUGAUUGCUCCCACCAUCGUGCUCAGCGGUGCCGGGCUGUGUGGAGCCACUGCCACCUGUUUCCUUCCAGAAACUCUGGGAAAGCCACUACCAGACACCUUCGACGAGGCCAAUGACCUCGGCCUGAAGACGAAACGGAAGUUGCGCCCUGGUGGAGACGCUGAUUCUGGUGACCCGGUGCCUCCUCGGUAAAUGACUAGCAUCUGGAGACGCCAAUACAACUAAAGUGCAGAGCCACUCACAAAAAAACGCUUUGACUACUCGGCCGUUGCCGGCAAUGGCUGACUGUCCCUUGAAGCAACUGAAGCUGUUGAAAUGCCUCACUUCACACUAUUCCAGUGAUAUAUAGACAAAGCAAACAAAAAAACUAAAUAAACAAAAAAGCCACGUAAUUACGAUCCUUAUAAUCUUGAUUUUUUAUUUCUCAACGUAGGUAUACAUCUUAAACAGAUCGCACAACACGACGUAAGGCACUAGCCGUUGGAAAUGUCCAUUACACGUCUGAGUGUGUCCCUUGUACGAUAUGAAAAUACAAUUAGUACUACCGAUUUGACUCGUCUGAAAGACCUCUAAAUGUUCUAGAGCGUACGCAUGGGAUAUUUGAUGGAGAAAAAUACUACUAACGCUAAUUGGGCGCUUUUAAAUUUGCACUCGCAUUUUUAU